AUGAACGCAGCACGCUUCCUCCGCCGUCCCGCAACCUUUGCCCUCCGGCCCUCCUUCAUCGUCCCCCAGUCUUCCGCCUCCUUCUCCUCCUCCGCCUCCUUCAACUUUGCCCGCACAAUGGCCGCCGCCGCCAAGAUCAAGGUCAAGAACCCCGUCGUCGAGCUCGACGGCGACGAGAUGACCCGCAUCAUCUGGCAGACCAUCAAGGACAAGUUCAUUCACCCCUACCUCGACAUCGACCUCAAGUACUACGAUCUCGGCCUGCCUUACCGUGACGAGACCAACGACAAGGUCACCCUCGACGCCGCCGAGGCCAUCAAGAAGUACUCGGUCGGUGUCAAGUGCGCCACCAUCACUCCCGAUGAGCAGCGCGUGGAGGAGUUCAAGCUUAAGCAGAUGUGGCUCUCCCCCAAUGGCACCAUCCGCAACCACCUCGGCGGUACCGUCUUCCGCGAACCCAUCGUCAUCCCCCGCGUUCCCCGCCUAGUGCCCGGCUGGAAGAAGCCCAUCAUCAUCGGCCGCCAUGCCUUCGGCGACCAGUACCGCGCCAAGGAUGCCGUUCUCCCCGGCAACGGCACCCUCAAGAUGGUCUACACCCCCGAGGGCGGCGAGCCCCAGGAGAUCGAGGUCUACAAGUUCAAAAACGGUGGUGGUGUCGCUCAGACCCAGUACAACACGGAUGAGUCCAUCACCGGCUUCGCCCACGCUUCCUUCAAGCUCGCUCUCACCAAGAAGCUGCCCCUGUACAUGAGCACCAAGAACACCAUCCUCAAGAAAUACGACGGUCGCUUCAAGGACAUCUUCCAGGAGCUCUACGAGACCAAAUACAAGGCCGAGUUCGAGGCCGCUGGCAUCUGGUACGAGCACCGUCUCAUUGACGACAUGGUUGCCCAGAUGGUCAAGUCCUCGGGCGGCUACAUCAUGGCCCUGAAAAACUACGACGGUGACGUCCAGUCCGACAUCGUCGCCCAGGGCUUCGGCUCCCUCGGUCUCAUGACCUCGGUCCUCAUCACCCCCGACGGCAAGACCUUCGAGUCCGAGGCCGCUCACGGCACCGUCACCCGCCACUACCGCGAGCACCAGAAGGGCAACGAGACCUCCACCAACCCCAUCGCCUCCAUCUUCGCCUGGACCCGCGGUCUCAUCCAGCGCGGCAAGCUCGACGAGACCCCCGAAGUCAUCGCCUUUGCCGAGUCCCUCGAGAAGGCCUGCAUUGACACCGUCGACGUUGACGGCAUCAUGACUAAGGACCUGGCCCUCGCCUGCGGCAAGACUGCCCGCUCUGACUACGUCACCACCAACGAGUACCUCAACGCCGUCGAGCGCCGCAUGAAGAACAUCCUCAAGGAGAAGUUGUAA